AUGACAGAGAGCUGCCUGGAGCAGUUACGGAAAACGUGGCUGAGGGAUGGUGUUCAGGCAUUUAUUCAGUCGGAGAGCAUAAUAGAAGUACUACGUUUUGAUGAUGGAGGGUUACUACAGACUGAGACAACACUUGGACUCAGUUCGUAUCAACAGAAAAGUAUAUCUCUGUACCGGGGUAAUUGCAGACCUAUACGAUUUGAGCCACCAAUGCUGGAUUUCCAUGAACAGCCAGUUGGAAUGCCAAAAAUGGAAAAAGUUUACUUACAUAAUCCUAGUUCUGAAGAAACUAUUACUUUAGUAUCAAUAUCUGCUACAACAUCACAUUUUCAUGCAUCAUUUUUUCAAAAUAGGAAAAUACUUCCAGGAGGAAAUACAUCAUUUGAUGUAGUUUUUCUUGCAAGAGUAGUGGGAAAUGUAGAAAAUACUUUAUUUAUUAACACAUCCAAUCAUGGGGUAUUUACUUACCAGGUAUUUGGUGUUGGGGUUCCAAACCCAUAUCGAUUGAGGCCAUUCCUUGGGGCCAGAGUCCCUGUGAACAGCAGUUUCUCACCUAUAAUAAAUAUACACAAUCCUCACAGUGAGCCUUUACAGGUAUAUAAAAUAAUAAUGCAUCUUUCAGUCAUUGUCAUCUUAUUCAUUAAACUAUGGUGGUUUUGCAACAUGACAAAAGCUGUGCUACAUUAUGGUCUGUUAACUUGUCAGGAGAUUCCUCCUUAUGAAACCAAGGGAGUGAUGAGAGCCAGCUUUUCAUCCAGAGAAGCAGAUAAUCACACAGCCUUCAUCAGAAUAAAGACUAAUGCUUCAGACAGCACAGAGUUUAUCAUUCUUCCUGUUGAGGUAGAAGUUACAACAGCCCCUGGAAUUUAUUCCUCAACCGAAAUGUUAGAUUUUGGUACACUACGAACACAAGAUCUACCAAAAGUUUUAAACCUUCAUUUAUUAAAUUCAGGAACAAAAGAUGUACCAAUAACAAGUGUUCGACCUACACCACAAAAUGAUGCUGUAACGGUACACUUUAAACCAAUUACAUUGAAAGCUUCAGAAAGUAAAUAUACCAAAGUUGCAACUAUUAGUUUUGAUGCAUCAAAGGCAAAAAAACCAUCUCAGUUUUCUGGGAAAAUAACUGUUAAAGCAAAGGAAAAGAGUUAUUCUAAACUCGAAAUACCAUAUCAAGCAGAAGUUUUAGAUGGUUACUUGGGAUUUGAUCAUGCUGCCACAUUAUUUCACAUCCGAGACAGUCCUGCUGACCCUGUGGAAAGGCCAAUUUACCUGACUAACACUUUCAGCUUUGCAAUCCUCAUUCAUGAUGUGUUACUACCAGAAGAAGCCAAAACAAUGUUUAAAGUUCACAACUUCAGCAAACCAGUCUUAAUUCUUCCAAAUGAAUCAGGAUACAUUUUUACACUGUUUUUUAUGCCCUCCACAUCAUCCAUGCACAUAGAUAACAAUAUUUUACUUAUUACCAAUGCUUCUAAAUUUCAUUUACCUGUGCGGGUAUAUACAGGCUUUUUAGAUUACUUUGUAUUACCCCCCAAAAUAGAGGAACGUUUCAUAGAUUUUGGCAUAUUGAGUGCUACAGAAGCAAGCAAUAUUUUAUUUGCAAUUAUAAACAGCAAUCCAAUUGAGUUGGCUAUAAAAAGUUGGCACAUCAUAGGAGACGGUUUAUCAAUAGAACUCGUAGCUACUGAAAGAGGCAACAGAACUACAAUAAUUACAAGCCUUCCAGAAUUAGAAAAAUCCUCUUUAUCAGACCAGUCAUCAGUAAUAUUAGCUUCAGGCUAUUUUGCAGUGUUCAGAGUCAAACUUACUGCAAAAAAACUGGAAGGGAUUCAUGAUGGAGCCAUACAGAUCACCACAGACUAUGAGGUAAAGACUAUGAGGAUUCAUGUCAAUGAGGUUUUUCUGAUAAUUCAGUCUCUUUUUUGUUGUUUUGGGAAAAUAGUUCAUCAAAGCUUAAAUAUUAUGAAUUCCUUCUCACAGAAGGUAAAGAUACAACAAAUACGAUCUUUGUCAGAAGAUGUGCGAUUUUACUACAAACGAUUACGGGGCAAUAAGGAAGACUUGGAGCCAGGAAAAAAGUCAAAGAUUGCAAACAUUUAUUUUGAUCCUGGACUGCAGUGUGGGGAUCAUUGCUAUGUUGGCUUGCCUUUUCUAUCCAAAUCUGAACCCAAAGUACAGCCUGGUGUAGCCAUGCAGGAAGACACUUGGGAUGCUGACUGGGAUUUGCAUCAAAGCCUAUUCAAAGGAUGGAUGGGAAUAAAGGAAAAUUCAGGUCAUAGAUUGAGUGCUUUAUUUGAAGUAAAUACAGACCUUCAAAAAAAUAUACUAUCAAAAAUCACUGCUGAGCUCUCCUGGCCUUCUAUAAUUAGCUCACCCCGACACUUGAAAUUUCCACUUACUAAUACAAACUGCUCCUCAGAAGAAGAGAUUACUUUAGAAAAUCCUGCAGAUGUUCCUGUCUAUAUUCAAUUUAUUCCUCUGGCUUUGUAUUCGAAUCCUUCAGUCUUUGUAGAUAAGUUAAUAUCAAGGUUUAACUUGAGUAAGGUGGCAAAGAUUGAUUUAAGAACACUAGAAUUCCAAGUCUUCAGAAACAGUGCUCAUCCACUGCAGAGUUCAACAGGAUUUACAGAAGGCCUCUCUCGACAUUUAAUUUUAAACCUAAUUUUAAAACCUGGAGAAAAGAAAUCUGUCAAAGUAAAGUUUACUCCAAUUCACAACAGAACUGUUUCUUCACUAAUCAUAAUCAGAAAUAACCUGACUGUGGUGGAUGCUGUGAUGGUCCAAGGACAAGGAACAACUGAGAACUUAAGGGUGGCAGGCAAGCUUCCAGGUCCAGGGAGUUCCUUACGCUUUAAAAUCACAGAAGCAUUAUUGAAAGAUUGUACAGAUAGUUUGAAACUAAGAGAACCAAAUUUCACAUUGAAAAGAACAUUUAAAGUAGAGAAUACGGGGCAACUUCAGAUUCACAUAGAAACCAUUGAAGUCAGUGGGUACUCAUGUGAGGGAUAUGGCUUUAAAGUUGUUAAUUGUCAAGAGUUUGCACUAAGCGCCAACGCCUCUAAAGACAUAAUCAUACUGUUUACUCCUGAUUUCACAGCUUCUAGAGUUAUUCGUGAACUGAAGUUUAUAACAACCAGUGGCUCUGAAUUUGUAUUUGUAUUGAAUGCAUCCCUUCCAUACCAUAUGUUAGCAACCUGUGCGGAAGCCCUACCCAGACCCAACUGGGAGCUGGCUCUGUACAUCAUCAUCUCAGGAAUCAUGAGUGCACUGUUUCUCUUGGUAAUUGGAACAGCCUAUUUAGAAGCUCAAGGAAUUUGGGAGCCAUUUCGAAGGCGACUAUCCUUUGAGGCCUCGAACCCACCCUUUGAUGUGGGAAGACCAUUUGAUCUCAGGAGAAUCGUUGGUAUUUCAUCUGAAGGAAACUUGAACACACUCAGCUGUGACCCCGGUCACAGUAGAGGGUUCUGUGGAGCAGGCGGCUCGUCGUCCCGACCCAGUGGAGGGAGUCACAAGCAGUGUGGCCCACCGGUGCACCCACACAGCGGUCACAGCAGUAGAAACUCAGCUGACGUGGAAAACGUCAGAGCGAAAAACAGCUCCAGUACCUCUGGCAGGACUUCUGCGCAGUCUGCUAGCAAAGCAAGCCCCCUUGUCUUAGAUUCCAACACAGUGGCCCAAGGUCAUGCCGCGGGCAGAAAGUCCAGAGGAGCCAAGCAGAGCCAGCACGGCAGUCAGCACCAUGCCCACAGCCCGCUGGAGCAGCACUCCCCGCCCCCGCCGCCGCCGCCGCCGCCGGGGCCUCAGCACCAGGAACCGCAGCUCGGGAGGCUGUCACCCGCCCCGCUCUCGCACCCUUCCCACCCAGAACGGGCCGGCAGCACAAGGCACAGCUCGGAGGACUCGGACAUCACCAGUCUCAUAGAAGCCAUGGACAAAGACUUCGACCACCAAGACUCCCCACCCCUAGAAGUGUUUACAGAGCAGCCGCCGUCACCGUUGUCAAAAAGCAAAGGUAAUCCUCCGUUCUCACUGUCAGAAAAGCGUGAUUUCAGUUCUUUAGAGCUCCCUUAUACCCCCCCAUUGGAAAGUAAACAACGCAGAAAUCUCCCAACCAAGAUUCCUCUUCCAACUGCAUUGACAAGUGGAUCCAAAACACGAAAUUCCCAGAAAACAAAAGGUACAAAUAAGUUAGUGGAAAACAGGCCACCUGCCCUAGCAAAAUUCCUCCCAAAUAGUCAAGAACUAGGCAACACCAGUAGCUCAGAAGGUGAAAAAGACUCUCCACCACCAGAAUGGGAUUCCGUGCCAGUUCACAAACCCGGCAGCUCUACCGACAGCCUUUAUAAACUUUCUCUGCAAACCCUCAACGCAGACAUUUUCUUAAAACAACGCCAGACCUCACCGACGCCUGCCUCUCCGUCCCCCCCCGCUGCACCUUGCCCAUUCUCGACCCGGGGCAGCUACAGCAGCGUCGUCAACAGCUCCAGCAGUGACCCUAAAACCAAGCAGCCAAAUGGAAGCAAACACAAAUUGACAAAAGCAGCCUCACUCCCUGGCAGGAACGGCAACCCCACUUUUGCUGCAGUCACCGCCGGGUACGACAAGAGUCCAGGCGGGAAUGGCUUUGCUAAAGUUUCUUCAAACAAAACAGAUUUUUCCAGCAGCCUUGGCAUUUCACACACUCCUGUCGACAGCGAUGGCUCAGACAGCUCGGGUUUGUGGAGUCCCGCCAGCAACCCCAGCAGCCCUGACUUCACACCCCUCAAUUCGUUCUCGGCCUUUGGAAAUUCUUUUAACCUAACUGGUGAAGUUUUCAGCAGACUCGGGUUAUCUCGGUCAUGCAAUCAAGCCUCCCAGAGAGGCUGGAACGAGUUUAGUAGUGGCCCUUCAUACCUUUGGGACUCUCCAGCAACGGAUCCCAGCCCUUCCUGGCCAGCCAGUUCCAGUUCCCCGACCCACACGGCCACAUCGAUCCUUGGCAACACCAGCGGCCUGUGGUCCACCACUCCAUUCAGCAACUCGAUCUGGUCCAGCAACCUGAACAGUACCCUGCCCUUCACCACUCCAGCCAAUACGCUGCCAAGCAUUGGCCUCAUGGGCACUGAAAACUCCUCUGCUCCUCAUGCUCCCUCCACCUCCAGCCCAGCCGAUGACUUGGGGCAGACGUACAACCCGUGGCGGAUAUGGAGCCCCACAAUCGGAAGAAGAAGCUCUGACCCUUGGUCUAACUCACACUUCCCUCAUGAGAAUUGAAAUUAGGCGACAACAACAAAAACUGGGGGCCCCUCGUCUAGACCAUAAUAUGCCAGUUUGUGAGACAUCUUCUUAAGGCUGUUACUGCUGUGGCUUCCCACUGCCCACCCUCCUCGUCUUUGCAAAACAGACUCAAGCAGGGCAGGCUUGUACCACUCGCUUCUUUCAGAUCUUUCUUGCAAUUAUGAUAAUAUGAGAUUUGCUGUUGUGCUUUUAGGGAAAAAAGUCUGGACUCAGCCACAAACUCUAAUAAGACCUGUACAUCUGAAAACCUUAACUGCUAUCAAGUUUCCACCACCUGUCUUCUUCCAUCCUUUAUUUAUCUGUAUGAACACAAAUUUGACAUUUACAGCUAAGGAAAUAAUUUGAGUUGAUUCAGAAGUCCUGGCAUGUGACAAUUUUAUUAAAUUACCAAGUUUGGUUUUUAAUAAUUUCACAAUAUUAUGCACCAAGAUCUAAUUUUAAAAAUGUAUGAGGACUUUGUGCUGAAAAAUAGAGUAUUUUUUUAAAAUAAGGCUGUCUUGGUUUAAAAGCAGAUUACAGAAAUGUAAGUCAACUUUAAGAACAGUGAAUGAAUGUAAAAACAUUCGGUUGAGACCAUAUGCAUUUUCUGUGCUGUUUGUACUUGAGGUAUGUACCAUUUGUAUACCUGAAUUUAUUUUAAAGAUAAACUGAAAUGCACAUAGCCAGGUCUUGGGAUACAAGAUUGAAUGUGUAUUUCUUAAAAAUACAACUUUGUGUUGUACUUUGAAAUAAAUGAUGCUUUUUUCAAAAGCCUUGAA